AUGGAAACGAGCAUCAGUGCUCGUUUCCGGUACUGUUCGCAUAUGAUAGCACUAGAACUGGUAGGACUGGCUGACAUCAGGUGGCCAGUAGAUGAGUUUUCAUGUCAAGGAGGAAAUCAAUUAAUGUCCACUAUAUCAUCCAAUGUUGAUCUCACUACAAAGUAUCAGAGGAUCGCCGCGGAAUAUGCAAAGUCAAUAGGUGCUAUAUUUCAGUUGAAAACACAGAUACCAGUUUUAAAAAAUGCUUUCUUUGAUGAACAGGCAAAAUCAAAACGACUCACGGAAGAAGUGCAGUCUAAAGUUGCAUUCAUGCGGAAACUGGAAAGUGAAAUUGAAAGUCUGGAGUUUCGAAAUGAACAGCUGUUGAAAAGAGUUGAAUCAUUGCAAGCCGAAGUAGAGGAGUUGCGUCGAGUGCCCUUGAAGGAGAAGAAGAACAGCAGCCAUCGUCAUGCCAUUGCGAAACCUGUUGUUGACGAAGAUCGUGACAUUUUAAAAAAUGAGCUUGAAAUUAAGAUUCAAGAAAAUGAACUCCUUCAUUCAAAGAUUGAAGAGCUGUCAGUUAAUUUUGAGAAGGGAAAGCAGAUUUUAGAAAAAAAGUGUGCUGACUUGGAAGCCCAGCUUCUUAGUUUGAAACCUGAGCAGAAGACUGAUGUGUCAGACAACGACAACAAAAAUGAUUGUGAUACUUCUGCAAGUGCAGCCACAAACAAACGAACAGAUACGACUUUGCCCAAUUCAACACAGGCACAAAAGGUCGUAAGUGGUAGAGAUGUGGAGGGCACUCUACACGCACUACUUAAUGAUGCCAUUCAGAAAGCAUAUAUUUUCUUUCAAGGCUUUGUUAAUUUACUGAGGCUUUUUGAACAGCGCAGUACAGUCUAUCCUCGAGAUAUGGUUUUAGAACAGCUGCCAAAAAAUACGCUGCUGGUGUGGUAUGAGCUAUUUAAGGAAAAUAUUGAAAGUGAAAAUCGAGUUUCUUGGUGUGGUCCUAAUUUAUGUUCAUGCAAUGAAUUAUGGUCUUCAAAAUUCCUCAAAUUUUUGGAUUCUUUAACAGUGUUAAGUGAAAAUAUUGGUAAAGGUUUAGUUGCAGGAAACUGUAUAAGAAUUGUCAGCGAGGCAUCUGAGUUACUUGCAGAAUGCUCAGAGUUAUAUAACCAAAAAGUGUUUGAUGAAAAUCGUCUUCCCACCGCAUCUAAGCGUCUAAAAUGCUUGAACGAUUGUAUCGCAAAAUGUUUCUCGUCAAUUUCUCGUAGUUUGGAGAACUUUGUUAUACUGAUGAAUUUAAUCAAUUCUACAUCGUCUUUAAGGCAAAGCGCAGUAGCGGUGGAAACGAAGAAUGAGGAAGUUGUGCAUCCUGAUGUUGGCGGGGAGAACGGUAUUGUUAAUAAGGAAUCUACGAGUACUCAGUUAGGGUCUCAAUGCCACUGCAGUGAACUGGAAGCAGAACUUCGAUCUACGAAGUGUCGUAUAGUCAGUUUGGAAAAGGAACGGGAUCGAAUUUUGGUCGAAACGGAGUUGUUAAAAAUGAAGCUAAAUGGAGGACAGGUUGAGCCGUUCAAUGUUGCUUCCUCUGCAAACACCACUUCUGGAGAGCUUUAUGUGGUUACUUCUUUUUAUGACCGAAGGAUUGAAGAACUCGCUAACGAAGUUCAGUAUUUGGAAGGCCGUGCAGUAUAUUACGAAAAUGAGUGUUUGGCGCUUAUUCGGCUUGCCAAUUUGAGAGAAGCAGAAAAAAAAGAAUUGGCAAAACAGCUGAUGGCCGCGAAUAAGAAAGUUGCUCAGUCAAAUGUACAUCUAGAUGAUAUGGACACUAUCCAAAAAGGUUACAAAGAACAGAUGAAAAGUUUAUAUGAACAUAUGGGUGAGCUGAACACCAAAAUUGAAAGCCAAUCGGAAACUAUCACAUCGCUAAGAAAUGGCGGAAUUGGCGGGCUUAAACAGUUCGAAAGGGGGCUAGGAAACUUCUAUUUAAGUGAACAGUAUUUUAUUGCUGUUAAGACAGCACUUCAGUCAAAAUCGCCGACGGUUGGUGAAUUGUUUUUCAUGAGGAUUCGAAUGUCGGUCUUGCAGAAGCUGUUGGAAAUUUUGUCAAUUAUUUUCAAAAACGGUCCAUAG